AUGGGUCGAGCAUCCCGGCUGAUGAGGCUUGAUGCCUUCACAAAAACCGUUGAAGAUGCCAGGAUAAGGACGAGCUCCGGUGGAAUUGUCACAAUAUUCAGUGUCUUGGUUAUUUUCUGCUUGGUAAUUGGAGAAUGGAACGAUUACAGGAAGGUCUCCGUGAUCUCGGAAUUGAUCGUUGAUAAGACUAGAGGAGAACAGAUGGAGAUCCACCUCAAUAUCACUUUCCCGCAUAUCCCAUGCGAACUCCUCACUCUCGAUGUCAUGGAUGUCUCCGGUGACCUUCAACCAUCUGUCAGCCAUGGUAUCGGCAAGCAUCGUCUCGACAAGUCAGGGGGCAUCAUUGAAUCCAAGUUCCUGGAACUCCACCCCGAGCAUCCUAAGCACCUCGAUCCUAGUUACUGUGGUGAAUGUUACGGUGCCGUCGCUCCGGAUACCUCCAAGAAGGCAGGGUGUUGUCAGACGUGUGACGACGUUCGUGAAGCUUAUGCUGCUAAGGGCUGGGCCUUCGGCGACGGUACCGGCGUACACCAGUGCGAAGAGGAAGGAUACAAGGAAAUGCUCAAGGAGCAGGCUGGGGAAGGUUGCCGUAUCGAUGGACACCUCUGGGUUAACAAGGUGGUCGGAAACUUCCACAUUGCACCAGGAAAGUCUUUCUCAAACGCCCAAAUGCACGUCCACGACUUGGCCAACUACCUUCAAGGAGACGUCCACCACGACUUCACACAUACAAUCAAUGCCUUGUCCUUCGGCCCACCAUUACCAACCGAUCUUCUGCACGAGAAUCACCACCAGCAAAACCCAUUGGAUGCUACCUCCAAGAAGACCAGCGACCGAAACUACAACUAUCUGUACUUCUUGAAGAUUGUCUCGACAAGCUAUGAGCACCUCGACCACGGAUACACAAUCCAUACCCACCAAUACAGCGUUACUAGCCAUGAAAGGAGUUUGGAGGGUGGAAAGGACGAUGUGCAUCCGGGAACUGUCCAUGCCCGCGGCGGUAUUCCCGGCAUUUUCUUCAGCUACGAUAUCUCGCCUAUGAAGGUUGUUAACCGCGAAAUCCGAACCAAAUCGUUCUCCGGGUUCUUGACCAGCAUCUGUGCAAUCAUCGGAGGUACCCUUACAGUUGCCGCCGCACUUGACCGUGGAUUGUAUGAGGGCGCUAGAAGGAUCGGGAAGCUUCACCAAAGAUAA